AUGACUAUUGGCAGCUUGCUCGAUUGCGACCGGUGCCCGGACGGGUACUCAUCGUCUGAAGAAGAACAACUGCACCGUUCGGCAUUGGGGAAGGGCUCGAUUCUUACAGUUGGGAAGCAGGUCUCGUUGAUUUUGACUGCAAAGUCUCUUGCCGUUAUCGCGCAGACUCCUCGGAACCGGACAAUCCCGUAUUUCAAUGUUUUCACCCUUCUCUUGAAUGGCCUAUGCAACAACCAUGCUGUGGAGAUUGCGCAGAAAAUCGAUAUUCAAGCGUACGACGUGAUUGUUCCUGCAUCCGGGGAUGGUGUGGUAUACGAGGUUUUCAACGGCCUAGGCCAGAGAGCUGAUGCAUGUGAAGCACUUUCCAAACUUGCGGUAGCUCAUAUCCCAUGUGGCUCGGGGAAUGCGAUGAGUUAUAACCUUUAUGGUUCAGGCACUCCGAGCAUGGCUGCACUUUGCAUUGUCAAAGGCUUGAGAACGCCGUUGGACCUUGUCUCCAUCACACAAGGAGACCGAAGAAUACUAUCCUUUUUGUCCCAAUCUUUCGGUAUUAUUGCCGAAAGCGAUCUUGGUACAGACAAUAUCCGGUGGAUGGGAAGCGCGCGUUUUACGUACGGGUUUUUGGUUCGAUUGCUUGGAAAAACAGUAUAUCCAUGUGAUCUUGCUGUCAAAGUCGAAGUUGAUGGGAAGGAACGUAUCAAGGACCAUUAUCGAUCGGAAUCGCAGCAAAAGUCAGCUCAUUCGACCGCAGGAGACGAGCCUAGAAGCCCGGGUCUCCCACCCCUCAGAUAUGGCACUGUCACAGAUCCUCUUCCCGACGACUGGGAGCUCAUAACCCACGACAAAAUGGGCAAUUUUUACGCUGGAAACAUGGCGUACAUGGCGCCCGAUGCCAAUUUUUUCCCAACUGCACUACCAAAUGACGGGCUACUGGACCUGAUAACAAUCCGUGGGGACAUUCCUCGCCUAACCGCGCUUCAGAUGCUCAUGGCUGUUGAAAACGGUACUCUAUUCGACAUGCCAGAGGUGAAUAUUCGAAAAGUUUCAGGUUACAGAAUCAUCCCCCGAGACAGAGAGGAUGGUUAUAUAAGUAUCGAUGGAGAGAAGGUGCCGUUUGAACCCUUCCAGGCAGAGGUCCACCCAGGACUUGGGACCGUGAUCUCGAAAUCUGGGUACAAGUACGAAACCCCCGGGAUUUAG